CCGGAAGUGACACGAAGUUCCCUCAAAGUAGAAACUCUUUGAGCGUUACGUAUCGAAGUUGGUUUCCAUGGUGACAAAACACGUUUGACGUUACCUAGCAAGUAUAAAAUUCAAGCAAAGCGAAAUUUGGUCUACACAGAGCAAAAGUGACUAAAGGAAUUGAAAAACCGCAUCAGCCAUUUAAACAACACAAUGGACACUGAGGAGAUAAAUGAACAAUCGGCAGGAGAGCACAGAUUUUUUCCCACCGCUGUGUCAGAAGAGGAGCCGAAUGAGGCCAGGAGAAAAAGCACCCUCAAGCAGAUUUCCAAUACAGUCUGUCUGACACCAGGACAGAAACGUCCACAAAGACCAGAUCUACAGGGGAGCCUCAUCAUUCGGAGCAAGGCUGCAGAGCAUUACAGAAACGGAAAAGAGGCCAUGGGGACGUCUCAGUUUGAGAAGGCUGUGAUCUGUUUCUCCAAAGCCAUUACACUGAAGCCUAAACAGCCUCAGCUGUAUGUGAGCCAGGGGGAGGCCUACCUCCAGAUGUGUGACUUCCAGUCAGCAGCAGCCUGUUAUAAACGGGCCUGUCUCCUGGAGCCCGGAGCCCACAGCACACGUUUGGCUUUCAUCUACUUUCUCCAGGGCCAGUGUUUGUUGGACCACGGCCUUUACCUGGAGGCUACCUGGAUCAAAGCUUCUGAGGUGAAGCCCGGCUGCAGAGCCUACGAGGUCAGAAGCCUGGCCUGUCUGAUAGCUGCAGGUAACCACUCUGAGAGUCUGAUGCUGGUGAACAACUGGAUGGUGACAGAUACUCCCAACUCUGAUCUUUACAUCUUCAGAGCCCGGCUGCACAAACGGCUCAACCAGAUAUCACAAUGUUAUGAAGACGUGAAGUCUGCAUUGACACUGAACCCAGCGUGUCCGAAGGCCAGAGCCAUGCUGCUGCAGCUGCAGGAAACUGCCGAAUGGGCCAGACAAAUGGCUGUGCACAGAUCUUUGACUGGCCAGCUGCCUGAAUCCCUCUGCAUGAUCAAUAUCGCUAUAGAGAACUGCACAGACGACGGACGCCUCUACCUGUUCAGAGCGAGUCUGUACCGGCAACUACAUGUGUUCCAAGCAGCCUUCGACGAUGCCAUCCGGGCCCUGAAGAUGAGCGAGGAGGAUGAGGUGGAGAAGGAGGUCGGAGGUCAGGCAGCUGCCAGAAAUGAGAAGGACGAGCGUAAUUCCAUGGAAGAGGAUGCAGAGCUCGAGCUGGUUCACAUUUACAAUGAUUCUGCUGUUGAGCGCUUCAGCAGAGGCCUCUACACUGAGGCAAUUCGGCUUCUUAACGACACCAUCAGUGUGGAGAAACGCCUGGCAGGCCUGUACCUGAACCGAGGAGACUGUUUCUUUUUACAGAGUGAAUUUUAUUUAGCUCUGGCUGACUACCAGCAGGCUGACGAGAUGACGCAGCUUGAUAACCCUGCUAUCCUGCUCCGCCUCGCUGUCCUCCACAACACACUGGGUUCUUUCAGCUUCCGAGAUGGGAAAUUCCGAGAGGCAGCUGAAAUGUUUUCCUGGGCCAUCCACUACAACCCUACAGUCAGUCAGUACUAUAAGAACAGGUCAAAGGCCUUCCAAAAGCUGCUGAACUUUAAGGCUGCCAGACAGGACUUCGUCUGCAUGCUGCUCCUGGAUCCCACCAACGACGAAGUGCCUGCUCUGCUCACGCAUCUGUUCCCUCGCUGCAGCGUGUCAGAUGUUUUGUUCAGUCGAGAAGGACAAGCAAUGAGAGUUCAUCUGAUGAACACCAUCCAGGCUUGCAGCUCUUUCAAACAACAAAGACCGAGUGAGACACUCCAGAAGAUGACUCUGGCUGAUGAGAGCAUACCGAGCCAAUCAGAGGAGCCAUCUGAAGCAGUGGAGCUGAAGCUGUGUCUAAGCCAACAGCAGUUGCAAAUAAUUGAUAAUAGUCCUCUUCAGAUAUUUACAGAAUAUUAAUGAAGGAUCACAAUAACAGGGCUACUGUUGUUUAUAGCCAUGUAAUAAAACAUUUCUGAAAGCAUAUUUAAUUGUAAAAGAAAUAUUCUAAACAACUUCAAGAUACUUAUAUAACUAGUGAGACAAUAUUUCAAUUUUGACAAAACCACAUUUAAAACGUUUGAGUAUGUGAAUCUUAGUCUUUGCCUGUAAAUGCUUAAAAAGGAGAUUGCUGCAUGCUUCGAUUUGCAGCAUGAUAUAAUUACCUCUUUAAUUUUCACACAUUUCAUCCAAACAAAUGCCAUACUUGCUACCAAAAGCUAUGUACAAUUUGUGAGUGACAGUGAGCUAUGAAAUGUGAUUCUGACAACAAUUCUCAUUUGUGUGAAAGUCAGAUUUUUAUUUGAUUGUAUUGUAAUGUCUUAAUUCAAGUAGCAAAAAGAUGCUAAAAGCAAAUUUAUAACAGAAACUCAAAGAUGACAAGUUGAUCGUUUCUCAUCUCAUUUCCUAAUGCCACAGCUACAAAGUGGAUGUUGAGCUUUGAAACAUAAGGUGAUGUUGGCAUGAUGCUGAACUACAGAUGUUCUUGUGUGUUGACUGUGGCAGGGUAAGAAAAUGGUUUCGAUUAUUUCUAAAUAAGUACAAAGCUGUACACCAUACUGAUCCACACCUCACAAAGCACCACCCACCAGGUGGUCUUUCUGGAGUCCAGGAUUUUAGAUGCUCUUGAAAGUCUGUCUCAGAGAUGAUGGUGGCAAUAAAUUGAUGUCUGAGUGUU